GCGGGGCCCAGAGGGGGAAGAGAGAGGAGGGGGGAGGGAAGAGGCCGCAGAAGCCCGAGCCUUGACCGACGGGCAGGCGGGGGCUGCGGCGGCGCCGGUGAGUGACCCGCGGCCCGACUCGGUCCCCACCCUCCAUGACUCUCACUCUUCCUGGAGUCCCCCAUCGCCUCCGUCGUCCCCUCUUACGCCCGGACCCCAUUACCCUCAGACUCCUUUUAAUUCCUGGCAGUCCCCAGAGCCCCCACAAUCCCCGCAGACCCUAAUCCCUCGUAUUUUAUAGUCCCAGCUCUUCCACUGUCCUAGAAGCCCCCACCUCACCGUUAUUCCUGGGCAUCCCUUCUGAGGACCCCUUCUCAUACCGUUCUUACAGACGUCCUGUUGCCCCGGAACCCCCAGAGCGCUCCUCUGCCCCAGAUCCCCCCUUCUUGCUGCAUCUCUCCUUCAGCAUCUCCUUACCCCAUCACCCCCAUGCUUCUUCGACCCCCGAGACACCCCCAUUCUCCCUCCAUUUCGCAUUCUCCUAUGCCCCCAUUCUCCUCUAACUCCUGCAGACACCCCCUCUUCUUUCGCUUUUUCUCAUUUCCCUCCACCCCUCCAGACCCUCCCCCAAUUUCCAUUAACUCCUCGGCGUGGCACUUUGCGCCGCGCCAGGCACAAGAGGAGCGCUCAGCGGGUGUCAGCUGUUAUUAGGCACUCUGAAUGUCCCGCGUGGCCCGUCGCCCCCAGCCACUCUCCGCUCCAACCCCUGGCCCCGGGGACAUAGGAGGCGGUGUCGGGGCGGCCGGGGUGGGGCGGGCUGCGCGCGGACGCCGAGCCCCCGCCAGCGCCGUGCGCCGUGCCCGCAGCGCCGGCGCCCCCCCAUGCGCCAAGGGGCCGGACGGCGGCGUCGGGGGGCGCCAUGGCCUCGGCGGCGGCGGGCGAAGCGGAAGAGACCACCCGGCUGCGCAAGCCGCGCUUCUCGUUCGAGGAGAACCAGAUCUUGAUCCGCGAGGUGCGUGCCCACUACCCGCAGCUCUACGGCGCGCAGAGCCGUCGGGUGAGCGUGGCAGAGCGGCGGCGUGUGUGGGACGGCAUCGCCGCCAAGAUCAACGGCAUCACCAGCUGGAAGCGCACCGGCCAAGAGGUGCAGAAACGCUGGAAUGACUUCAAGCGCCGCACCAAGGAGAAGCUGGCCCGCGUGCCGCACUCCACGCAGGGCGCCGGGCCUGCCGCCGAGGACGCCUUCUCCGCUGAGGAGGAGACCAUUUUUGCCAUCCUGGGGCCGGGUGUGGCGGGGCCAGGAGCUGGUGCAGGGGCCGAGCAGCCCUCCGGGGCGGCUUCCUCACAGCCGCCCGCCCCAAGUGCCGGCACCCAACGCUGCGUGUUGUCCGAAGACCGCAGGGAGGACCGACGGGCAGAGACACCAGCCCACAGCAAGGGGGGCUCCAGCAGCCCCGAGCAGUGGGCCCGGCCCUCCUGCAGUCCCCAGGAAGGGGGCUGCCCUCCGCCCAAGGAGCGUGAGUCCCCGCCCCCUCCAGCCCUGCAGACGGUCCAGCUGCCCCGCCUGGCCCUGUCUCCGCCGCCCCCAGCCCCUGCGCCGCCGCAGCCACCACCCCAGCCACCUCAGCAAGUGCAUGUGGCACCCUCGUCCCCCAGCCCACCACCUCCUCCACUGCCACCAUCCACGCCCUCGGCCGCCGACCCCUCCCUGGACUUCCUGCGGGCUCAGCAGGAGACUGCCAACGCCAUCCGGGAGCUGGCUGGCACCCUGCAGCAGGGACUGGCCAAACUGAGUGAGGCCCUCAGCGCCCUACUGCCCCUUCUGCCUGGAACGGCGGUCGACAGGCUGCCGCCGCCUCUGCCCCCGCCCCCGCCCNAUCUGCUGUUGGCGGCCUCUGGGGCAGAAGGAGGUGGAGGCGGCGGCGGCCGUUGCAGCGGCGGCGGCGGUGGCGGCGGGAGCGGCGGGAGCCCGAGGCGGCGGCGCCCGGGAACCAUCGCGGGGCCUGAGCUGUGCGCCUCGGCCCGGAGCCCGGACCGGGUGGGGGCGCCGACGUGCCUCUAA